GAGAGAGAGAGAGACGCAUUUGAGCUCUCCAACAGACUCUUCUGUGUCGUUGCUGUGUGUGCGGAACUUGGUGGGAUUUGGAGGCUCUUCUUUGGGGAGAUGGGAGCGGAGGAGCCGAAGCAAGUGGAAUCGGAGGCAGCGCCGGAGCCGCCGCCGGCAGCGGAGGCGGUGAAGGACGUUGCGGAGGAGAAGGCCUCGGUUCCGCCGCCGGCCGAGGAGAAACCCGACGACUCCAAAGCUCUCGCCAUCGUCGAGAAAGUUGAGGAUCCACCCGCAGAAAAAACCUCAGGGGGCUCAACCGAAAGAGAUGCAGUUCUUGCAAGGCUUGAAACAGAGAAAAGGUUGUCUUUAAUCAAGGCUUGGGAGGAAAAUGAAAAGACGAAGGCAGAAAAUAAAGCUGUCAAGAAGUUGUCAUCUAUUUUGGCAUGGGAGAACACCAAAAAAGCAGCUGUGGAAGCUGAGCUGCGUAGGAAAGAGGAAGAACUGGAAAAGAGAAAGGCAGAAUAUGCAGAGAAGAUGAAGAACAAGGUUGCCUUGCUUCAUAAAGAGGCAGAAGAGAAGAGAGCAAUGAUUGAGGCAAGGCGUGGUGAAGAGCUCCUGAAGGCAGAUGAGGUUGCCGCAAAAUAUCGUGCCACAGGGCUUGCGCCGAAGAAGCUUCUUGGCUGUUUCGGAGCAUGAAAAACUUUGAAUGCCUACAAAGAUGAAAACUGAAGGCAACAUUUACCCUAUUCGGUGCUCUAAUCCUGUUGUUCUAUGUGUGUGUGUCUCAUGUUUACUUGUCUGGGUAGAUGUUUGGUUUGUAAAGUUUGAUGUUCUUGUACAUAAUGUGACUUGCAAGAACAAAGACCGGUGAGUGCAUAAUUGUAUUCUUUAUGUGUGUUGUCGAUAUUCUCAUUCUAAUUAAACCUGACAUUUGAAUCA